AUGCACAAGCCUUUGCCGGCAAACCUGGCAGUGCAUCCCCGCGGCAUCCGGUCAGAUGUUAUGCAGGAUGCAGAUCCGGGUGCCACAGCUGAGAUUGCGGCUCUGGCCACAGAGCUCGAAUGGCGCCCUGCCCUGGUGACAUUAGGGCGGAUGCAACGCCACAGCAGACUGUUCAAAGUUUCCUGCUCGAAGGUCCUGAGGGUCCUCCGACAGCUCGUGAUUCAAGGAGAAUGGCGCGAUCGUGAUGUUUGGCGUCAAGCUGUGGGAGUCCUGGGGCACCUCAGCGACGCAAAUGUGAAACCAGACCUGCGGAUUGUGAAUCUGGGCCUUCAGAUCUGCAAGGAAUCCCGGGCCGUGAAGCCUGUCUUCUGGACAUACGACCAGGCGCUGCGCGAGCGCUUUCGGCCAAAUGAGGAGACGUUUGAGAUCUUGGCAUCAAGCUGCGUGGUGGCACCAAGUGAGUGCUGGUGGCGGGCGCUCCGCUACAUGAAACAGGCCAGAGCACUGCUUCCAGAUGAGCAGCUGACUGCAGCCAUGGCUAAAUCAAUGAAGGCCUGUGUAGAUGCUGGGGCCUGGAGUUCAGCACUCUUCCAGUUGGGUUCAGAAUUUAAGUUGGAGAUGGCUGACGUGCCUGGAGUCGCACCAGCGGAGGCCAUGCAAGACUACCUUGAGGCCAUUUGCCAAGGGCCGUUGUCACGCCAAGGUGCGCACAGUCGCAGGCCUCGUGCUUGGUCUGCGCUUUGGUCCGCGGAGAAGUUGCCAGUGCGUCGAUUCCAGCGCCGCAGACUAGUACAAGGGAAUGCACCUCCUGAGAUUGAGAAGCAGGUUGCACAGCUCCAAUACCUUCGCCAUGCCCGACCGGAUUGCUGGCCUGGGCUUUCAGAUGACGUCCAGCAAAGCUUCAACAAGAUGUUUCAGCAGCGAGUGCGGUUGCAGGAUGAUGACCAGGAGCUUGAGCUCCUUGGCAUCGAGUUGCUUUGCGAAAGCGGUGUCAUGCGCAGUGAGACAGUGCAGGCGUUUCGUCGAAGCGGCCUGUAUCCGUCCUUGCGCGGGCUGCAAAGGGUGGCGGGCCAUCGCUACGCAGCUUCCCUACGGGACCCGCUGCUGGGACAGCAACGCGAGCUUGGAGUCCUAGGUGUGGAGGAGGCUCUCAAGAUGCUUGGCUUUCGAAGCGGGCGCUCGCGGAGCGCACGGCCCGGCAGGAGAAAUCGGUGGCGGCUGGCACUCCAAGGGCGCGCAACGAAGCUGCUGCGCUUGAGGCAGGUUGCCUCUCGUGGCCGACGUCCAGCGCGCCGCUGGCUGCGUGAACAUGAAGGCUUUGACUUGCAGGCAGCUGUAGCCUGGAUCUCAUUCCGGCUGGAGCUGUCCGGUGAGGUUUCACGGACACUCACCUCAGCGGGACGCUGUGUGGCCAGCGGAGCCCGUCCUGAUUGCAUUUUCCUGCCGCUUCCGGAGCCUUCAAAGGAGCACCCAGAGAGGGCGGCCCUGGCAUCUGUGCUCAACCUCCUUGCAAAAGGUUCCUGCAAAGGUGGACGCACACUUCAAGGAGGCAUCCUGCUCUACAGCCCCGGGGCACUGUGCAUCUCUUGCUUGGCCGCCUUUUGCGUGGCACUCAGGCACUUCGUGAAGUGGACGCGUGCUAUCGAUGGCUGUUUGACAGCUGCGGCGACCAAGAUCCUGCUGGACAGAGGCGCCCGCAGCGACAUCUGGUGGCAGGCGCAUGGAGCAAUGUUUGACUUGGCGUGUGCUGCUGCCACUGCGAAUGAGCAGUUUGGGGCGGACUUGUGGCAGUGCCAGAAGAACGACUCCUUGCCCAUGUCCGGGCGAUCAAAAGGCCCCACUGCUGCAGCAGGCCUUCUGGGCGAGCUUAGAUGGUGGAAGACCGCAGUUGGAUUGCCGCUGCCGUGCGACGACGCACUGGUUGCGCACUGGGCAGCCUUGGCGCCCCAGCUGAAAUAA